AUGUCGAUUCCACCAUCAUUAGGAUAUGUGCUGAACAAGAAGAAAAAAAUCACGGAAAACUCGUCAAAGGAAAUGUUGGAAGACUUUUACAAAGCUACGGCUGAAUUAUUGGGGAAGUCUAACAUCUUCGAUGUACAACUGUUUGCACUGAUUCAGGAAUAUGAACAGGAGAAAACGGUGGCAGUUGCUAAUGCGAUUUUGAUGAUAACAUGUGUGUUUAACACGUUGGGGAAUAAGUUGAUUGUGUUGAAUAAUAUUGUUUUGGCGAGAACAUUAGGGUUUCCAUUGGGAAUACAAAAGGUUGAAAUAGAAGAAAUGAUCAAAGGGACUGAUGUUGUUGAAACAGCGGACGAACCGAUUCGAGACUUCUAUAAUGCCUUUGUUGGGAAAGACGCGAAAGCUAUUGUGUCGAGUUACACUGAUGUGAAGGAGUCGAUGCCCAUUUGCACGAGUGAUAUAAUGAAAGAGGCGAUUGUAGUGAGAAUCUUUCAGGUGUUAUCGGAAGAAGGAGAAGUUGAUAUCGAAGAGGUCAAAAAGAUGAUUACGGUUGCGCCAUGGUUCUUUGUUGAAAUAACAUUGUUGAAGAGAACAGCGAAUCUUGAGUUUAAUGUUGUCAUCGACCUUGAGAAGGGGAAGUUUGUGUUUGCAAAGAAAGACGAAGGAAGUGCUCCAUUCACCGUGACGGAGGAUCAAAUUGCGAACGAGAAGAAAGCCAUAAUGGACCGAACGAAACAAUUCAAACAGAAAAUGAUAGCGAUCGAGGCUGAACGAGAGAGAAUUCGACUUGCGGAAGAGAAGAGACGACUUGAAGAAGAGGAGGACGAACGCUUAGAGCGUGAAGCUGCUGAAUUGAAGAUCCGGAAAGAGGAAGAGAUGAAACAGAAGAAGAAAGAGGAGAUCCGGAAGAUGAAAGCGGACAAUGAUAAGAAGAUGCAAGACAUCAGCAGAAUGCAAUUCAAAGUGCAAGUGAAAGAGAAUAAGGACCGCCAGAGAAAGGAACUCUUUGAUAAGUAUUACUAUAACGAACGAGCGCGUCGAAUGGUCGAACAGAAAUACACUAAACAGAAAACAGAAGAAGAGGCAGAAGAGAUCAAAGCGAUGUAUCAAGAAGUUUGUGAUACGAAACAGAAUGCUAGAAGAGCGGAACAUGAACGUAUCUUGUUAAUGAAGAAAAAAUUCACCGAUCUUGGGGCAUUACAGACGUGGUUGAAUACUAUUGGAAAGGGAGAAAGUGAAGAAGAAAAGCAGGAGAAAGCGGAGAAAUUAAGAAAAGAGAAAGAAGAAGCAGAACGCCUUGCUAAAGAACAAGCGGAGAAAGAGCGUCUUGAACGAAUGAAAGAACAAGACCGAAAACGCGAGGAACAAAAGAAAAAGGAGGAGGAAGACCGCAAGAGAAGAGAAGAAGAGUACUUCAAGAAGAAUCAAGAACGGCUUCAAGAAAAGGCAGCCCUUGAUAAACAAGGCAUUUACCAACCAAGCAUCGGAAAGACUUUUGUGGAAGACAAAGAGGGAUGGUACUCGAAAAAAGAAGCAAAAAAGCCAACACCAACGACCGCUAAGAAUACUUCAGUCCCUUCAUUUACGUCGAGAGGAUCUUCUUCACCAUAUGGAAGAACAGGAGAUACUCAACAAAGAACAACUUCUGCUUAUCAACCACCAAGAGCACAAGGAGGAAUGGGCGAUCGAUAUCAACCACCAUCGAGUGGAAGAAGAGACAUCUAUGGAACAAAUACACCAUCCACUGGUGGUUAUGCGCCAUCAAGAACACAAGGAACUACACAAAGAAAUACCAGUGGCGUUCCAUCGUUUUCAAGUGGAAGUGGUGUUCCGUCUUUCUCCAGUGGAAAGAGAGGGGGAAGAAAGUACUAA